AUGAGCGACGAUUACGAGCUUCCCCGAGCGGUGGUCACGCGGCUACUCAAAUCCUCGAUACAGAAGGAGGCAAAGGAAGCCAUCACCAAGGCUGCCAAGAUUUGGAUCCUCUACGCCACCGCGUGCGCCAACGACUUCUGUCAGAACAGCAAUCGAUCCACCAUCUCCGCGAACGACGUGCUAAUGGCAAUGGAGGAGCUCGAGUUCCCCGACUUCGUGCCCCAGCUCAAGGAGACCCUCGAGACCUUCAAGAAGGACCAGGCCUCCAAGAAGGCCGCCAAGAAGAACUAG